GCAGGGGGGCAGCAUGGUGUGCUGCCUGCUUCUUGCUUCCUGGUUACCUGCUUACCUUCAACGGGGGGAAAAAGCUGCGAUGGCCUCUGCUAUGCCUGAUAAAGAAGAAGCUGCUAAGAACUCUCCAGAGAUGAAGGAAGAGGAGCAACAGGAUGCAGUAAAUCAGAUGGCUAGCCUGGCCUUUGUCAGCUCUGCCUGUGACAUGGUUUCUACAGCUUAUGCCUCCACUAAGGAGAGCCACCCCUACAUCAGAUCUGUGUGUGAUGCAGCAGAGAAAGGAGUGAAGAGCAUGACUGAUGCCACAGCCAGUUGUGUGCAGCCACUUCUGACUACACUGGAGCCUCAAGUUGCAGCAGCAAAUGAGUAUGCCUCCAAAGGUUUGGAUAAACUAGGGGAAAAGGUCCCAUUCCUUCAAAAGCCAGUGGACCAGGUUCUCUCUGAAACCAAAGAGCUGGUGUCAUCCACAGUGGCAGAGGCAAAGGAUGUUGUGAGCAGCAGAGUGACGGAGGUGAUAGAUGCAACUAAGGGUGCUCUUCACAGUGGUGUGGAAGCUGCCAGAUCUGCAGUAGCCAGCAGUGUGGGGAUGGUCAUGGACUCCAGAGUGGGCCAGAUGGCUGUGAGCAGAGCAGAGGCUGUGCUGGGGAGAACAGAAGAUGACAACUCCCUCCCCAUUGGAAAUGAGGAGUUAGCCAAACUGGCAGCAUCUGAGGAGGGUGCAGGUAUAAUGUCUGUGGAGCAGCAGAAGGAGAAGAGGAGGUACUUUGUGCGGUUGGGCUCUCUCUCUGAUGAACUCCGCCAGUUUGCCUACCUGCACUCUUCAGAUAAAAUGAAGUGGAUCUGGCAGGGCAUGCACGAGGCUCUUGUACAGCUUCACUCCAUCAUUGAACUGAUUGAGGUGUUUAAGCAAGGCUUUAAUAAAAAGCUUCAGGAAGGGCAGGAGAAACUGUGCCAGAUGUGGUUGGACUGGACUAAGAAGUUUCCUAAAGACAGCAGAUAUGCCAGCUCUGCAGAGCCGGAGGAGAUGGAGUCUCUGGCCCUGCUGAUGGCAUGCAGCAUCACACAGCAGCUGCAAAUCACCUGUUGUAAAAUCAUGUCUGCAAUUCGAGGCCUUCCCUCAAGCCUUCAGGAUAAGGUGAAACAAUCCCUUAAUACCAUAGAAGAUCUUCAUGCUUCUUUCUCAGCAGCAAAUUCUUUCCAGGACUUGUCCAGCAGUGUCUUGGCCCAGAGCCGGGGAAAGCUGGCUGUGAUCCAGGAGUACAUGGAGGAGCUGCUGGACUACCUCAAGGACAACCGGCCUCUGUCCUGGCUGGUGGGACCCUUCUCUCCUCAGGAGGAGGAGGAAACUCUGCAGGAGGAAGCAGGGGCUCAUGAAGCUUCUGCCAGCUCCCUAUAGAGGGUGAGGCCCUGAGUGCAGGCCUGGCUCUGAGAGCUUGGGCUCUAAUAGUUCUACCCCACUUCCUAGCUGAAGGUGGAGCUGUCAUACUGAAGAGUCCUUGGUCCAAUAAGUCUUUGGGGGGUAGUGGAGGUUAGCAGGACUGCUCCUUGGUGCUUGUGGCUGAGCACUGGCUCAAGAUAGAGACCUGAAGGUCUCCAGUACUCCCACCUGCCUAGCAAGCUCUUUAAGGUAUAUCCUGCCAUGGUGUAUCCCCAUGGUGUAUCCAUGUGAUGCCUGUACUCAUGCAAUAGCUGCUGGUGGUCUUAAUCCUUCAUAACAGUAUGCAAUGUAAAGAACUCUUCCUAGAAGCUGCAUGUAUAUGACCUAGUGUAAGUGUUCAAAAUAAAAACUACUGCAUGCAAAACUG